AUGUACCCGGGGCAAAAAUCCUCCUCCUCACAGCAGCAAAGGACAGGCGAAAGCAGCAGCGAGGAAGCGCACCGGUCCCUCCGUGGUAUCCCCGGGAUAAGAGGUCUCCUCAGCAAGCAGCACACGACACUGGAACACACGACAGGUAGUGGUCUGCAGGAGGUUUUAGAUGAACAUAGGCUCAGUCUGAGGAGGAGAUGUGAACAUGUGACUGAAGGAACUGAUGAAAGUGAAACCCUCCUCAACAGGAUCUUCACUGAGCUCUACAUCACACAAGGCCAGAGUGAAGAGGUUAAUACCCAACAUGAGGUGAGGCAGCUGGAGACAGCUUCCAAGAAAGAGACCCUCCAUGACACUCCAAUCAAGUGCCAGGACAUCUUUAAAGCCUUACCUGACCAACAGACUCACAUCAGAGCGGUCCUGACCAACGGGGUGGCUGGAGUUGGAAAAACCUUCUCAGUGCAGAAGUUCACUCUGGACUGGACCGAGGGUUUGGAAAACCAAGAUGUCAGUCUGGUGAUCCCGCUCUCCUUCAGGGAGCUGAACCUGAUUAAAGGUGAGCAGUACAGUCUUCUCAGGCUGCUCCAUGUUUUCCAUCCAACCUUACAGAAGGUCACAGCAGAGCAGCUGGCUGUCUGCAAAGUGCUGCUCAUCUUUGACGGCCUGGAUGAAAGCAGACUUUCUCUGGAUUUCAGAAACAAUGAGGUUGUGUCUGAUGUCUCACAGCAGUCCUCAGUCAACGUGCUGCUGACAAACCUCAUCAGGGGGAAGCUGCUUCCCUCAGCUCUCGUCUGGAUAACUUCCAGACCUGCAGCGGCCAAUCAGAUCCCUCCUGAGUGUGUGGACAGGGUAACAGAAGUACGAGGCUUCACUGACGCCCAGAAGGAGGAGUACUUCAGGAGGAGAUCGAGUGAUGAAGACCUGUCCAGCAGAAUCAUCUCUCACAUCAAGAGCUCCAGGAGCCUCCACAUCAUGUGUCUGAUCCCAAUCUUCUGCUGGAUCACUGCUGCAGUUCUGGACCACAUGUUGACUACAGACCAGAGAGGAGAGCUGCCCAAGACCCUCACUAACAUGUACUCACACUUCCUGCUGGUCCAGACAAAGAGGAAGAAGCGGAAGUAUGAUGAGGGACAUGAGACGAGUCCACAGCAGCUGACGGAGGCUGACAGGGAGGUUCUUCUGAAGCUGGGGAGGCUGGCGUUUGAACAUCUGGAGAACGGAGACAUCAUGUUCUACCAAGAAGACCUGCAGCGCUGUGGUCUUGAUGUCACAGAGGCCUUGGUGCACUCAGGAGUUUGUACAGAGAUCUUCAAAAGAGAGAGUUUGAUCUUCCAGAAAACAGUCUACUGCUUUGUUCAUCUGAGCAUUCAAGAGUUUCUGGCUGCAGUCUACAUGUUGCACUGUUACACCAACAGAGACACAGAGGUACUGAAGGACUUCCUGCAGGGAGACUAUAGCUACAGGUAUAGCAGUGAUCAGGAUUACCCAUCACUGGAUGUCUUCCUAAAGGGAGCCAUGGAGAAAUCCCUCAGAAGUGAAAAUGGCCACCUGGACCUGUUUGUCCGCUUUCUCCACGGCCUCUCUCUGGAGUCCAACCAGAGACUCUUAGGAGGCCUGCUGGGUCGCACAGACAAGCGUCCAAAAAUCAUCAAGAGACUCUUCAAAGGCCUGCUGGGUCGCACAGACAUCCAGAGAGCCAUCAAGAACCUGAAGAAGAUGAGCAGUGAUGAUAUCUCUCCUGACAGGAGCAUCAACAUCUUCCACUGUCUGACAGAGAUGAAGGACCACUCGGUACAUCAGGAGAUCACAGAGUUCCUGAAGUCAGAGAAUAGAUCAGGGAAGGAACUAUCUGAGAUUCACUGCUCUGCUCUGGCCUACAUGCUGCAGAUGUCAGAGGAGGUCCUGGAUGAGUUUGACCUGAAGAAGUACAAAACAUCAGAUGAGGGACGACGGAGACUGCUUCCAGCUGUGAGGAACUGCAGGAAGGCCAAACUUACUGACUGUGGACUCUCAGAGACUGAAUGUGAAGUUGUGGCCUCAGCUCUGAAGUCUGACCCCUCCCAUCUGAGAGAUCUGGACCUGAGUGAGAACAAGCUGAAGGAUUCAGGAGUGGAGCUGCUGAGUUCUGGACUAAAGAGUCCAAACUGCAGACUGGAGACUCUCAGACUGAGGAGCUGCAGUUUGUCAGAAAUCAGCUGUUCUGCUCUGGCCUCAGCUCUGAAGUCCAACCCCUCCCAUCUGAGAGAGCUGGACCUGAGUCACAACAAUCUGCAGGAUUCAGGAGUGGAGAUGCUGAGAGAUCUUCUGGAGAGUCCAGACUGCAGACUGGAGACUCUCAGACUGAGGUACUGCAGUUUGUCAGAGAUCAGCUGCUCUGCUCUGGCCUCAGCUCUGAAGUCCAACCCCUCCCAUCUGAGAGUUCUGGACCUGAGUGAGAACAAGCUGCUGGAUUCAGGAAUGAAGCUGCUGAGAGAUCUUCUGGAGAGUCCAGACUGCAGACUGGAGGCUCUCAGACUGAGUGGCUGCAGUUUGUCAAAGAUCAGCUGUGCUGCUCUGAUCUCAGCUCUGAAGUCCAACCCCUCCCAUCUGAGAAAGCUUGACCUGAGUAACAACGAUCUGAAGGAUUCAGGAGUGAAGCUGCUGAGAGAUCUUCUGGAGAGUCCAGACUGCAGACUGGAGACUGUGUUUCCGACAGACGCAUCUAUGAACAACCAUGUGACGUUUAUGCUGCUGAAUACCCGCUCCCUCAACAAUAAAGCACUACUCAUCCACGACAUUAUCACUGACAGAAGCAUUGACAUCCUAUGCUUAACAGAGACAUGGCAAAAUCAGCAGGACUUUGUGACACUCAAUCAAGCCACACCCCCAGGCUAUCUGUACAUCCAGAAGCCCCGCUCCCUGGGUCAUGGUGGUGGAUUGGCUAUUAUCCACCGAGCUGGCAUCCUGGUUAAAGAACUCCCAGUUGCCCUCAUUUACCGCCCACCUAAAGCUUCCACUACCUUCCUGUCUAAGCUGUCUGAGUUACUCACCUCUCUCUGCUCCAUGUCUCCAUCAACUCUCCUGCUCGGUGAUUUUAACAUUCACGUGGACUCCAGUAACUGCACAUUUGCUGCUAAAUUCCUCUCACUUCUGGACUGCUUCGGCAUCAAGCAACAUGUCCAGGGCUCCACCCACACCAAAGGCCACACGCUGGACCUGGUGUGCUCUACCGGCUCUCCGCCCCCCAACCUACAGCGCCCCGACCUGACUGUAUCUGACCAUUACGCCAUCCUCUUCACUGUUCCGGUCUCCCUGCCCAGGCAGCAUCCUAAACGCAACAUUAUGUUUAGGAACAUCAAGACUGUGAGUGCACCGGCUUUAUCCGACCUGAUAGCUACCCACAUGGCCUUGGCUCCCUCCGACUCCACCGUGGAUGGCCUGGCCUCUGGUCGCCAGCUGGAGAGGCUCUCCAAAAAAACUGGCUUCACGGUCCACCUCCUGGCCUUUCGUGACCAUGUCAAAACUUAUAAGGAAGCUCCCUCCCACGCCAAGACUCACUACUACUCCCGUCUCAUCGGUGCCCAGCAAAGCAACCCCAGAACACUGUUCUCCACCAUCAACCGCCUUCUCCGCCCCCCUGACGCCCCCCAGCCCUCAGGGGCUCCCGAUCUGUGCUCCAAAUUCCUCGACUUCUUCCAGCCACCUGGUAACGCAGCCCCAGGGCCGCGCCUCUCCCACUCCAACCUCUCCUACUUCUCCUCUCUGGAUGCUCUCCAAGUGGCCAAACUGGUCUGCUCGGCCAAGACCUCCACCUGCUCCCUGGACCCCAUGCCCACAGCCCUGGUCAGGGACUGCCUACCCACCCUCUGUCCCUACAUGGUGGUCAUCAUCAACGCUUCUCUGGCUCCUGUUAUAGUCCCCACCAGCUUCAAAAUGGCCUCAGUCACCCCCAUACUCAAAAAACCUGGCCUGGACCCCGACGACCUCCAGAACCACCGGCCGAUCUCCAAUCUUCCCUUCCUAAGCAAAACUCUGGAAAGAGUGGUCGCUGGCCAACUCCAUCUGUACAUGUCCAACCAUGAGCUCUAUGAGCCCUUCCAAUCCGGCUUCAGACAGCAACACAGUACUGAGACCGCCCUCAUCAAGAUUACCAAUGAUCUCCUCAUUGCUGCUGACUCUGGCCGCCUCAGCAUUCUCAUCCUCCUGGACCUCUCUGCAGCGUUUGACACCAUCUCUCACAACAACCUCCUCACCCGCCUCUCAGACCUCCUAGGUGUCACUGGCACAGCGCUGUCCUGGUUCACAUCCUACCUCCAUAACAGGAAACAGUUUGUCUCCAUCAAUGGCUCAAAUUCACCCCCGGCCCCAGUCCACCACGGUGUACCCCAGGGCUCUGUGCUUGGCCCCCUCCUCACUACUCCAUCCUCCCAGCUCCCCCCUCAGUCUCUCAUCAACUGCCUGCAUCACAUCAGAGCAUGGAUGUCGUCCAAAUAUCUCAAACUAAACAGCAGGAAAAAAGAGCUCAUGGUUGUGGCACCUAAGGCGCUGCUCCGGAAGGUCUGGAGGGCAGUGGCUGUGUCCAUGACCUAUGUGGAUGAGGCUGCGGUGAGGGAACUGGGUUACUGCUAUGCUCACUCCUGUGACUGCCAUAAACUUGGUACUUGGGCUCAGUUGGAGCCAAACUGGGUGGUCGCGGUGACGGCUGAGCAGACGGCUGAGUCACUGGAGCUGGAACUACUUCUUCCUUCGGUGGAAGCUCAUCUGGUCUCCCGUUGGGGUGAUGAGGCGUUAUAUAGUCGCCAGGCCGUAACUCUCCACUUACUGGGUCAGGCCAUGGUGGUGGUGCAGGCCAAUCAUCCUCAUCCUCACUAUCAGCUCUACUCUGUCAUCCUCACGCGGAGGUCUGUGGUGCAGCGAUGUAGGCAGGCUCCUGAAUCCUUUUCACCUGAACACACAACUGGAUCUUCAUACAGGUUCAGGUGUCCUGGUCCAGGUGGGUUCCAGUGUGCUUCGACUGGCCUGGUGUUCGUUAUGGCUCAGGAGGCGGAGCUUCUGUACAGGACGGUCCCUUGGGAGGAGAGCCUCAUCCAAUCAGCUGGCAAGAUGGCAGCAGGGCCGCUGUUCGACGUGAAGAGUUCUGUUGAAGCUGCCGUCGUCCAGCUCCACCUGCCACACAGUGAGACAGAGGAAGCGCUGCUCCUGGACGGCCUGUUGUCUGUCGUCCACAUCACUGAUGAAGGCCUGAGCAUCUUGGAGCCGCUGGAGGUCACACGCACUCACGUGGUGGUGAAGGUCCCUCACCUCUCUAAAUUUGGCCUUACCAUCGAUCGAUUGAAAAGGCUUUUAAAGAAGCGGAUAAAGGGUCAAAUUCUGGUGUUCCUACGACCCCCGGGCAGAGAGGAGCAAACACUGGAUGUACAUCUGCUGCAGAAAAACGUCCUUGUGGAGAAGGUUGCUGAUCAACACAGCUGUGCUGUGAACAUCCCAAUCGCCUCCGACUGUAAGCUGGACAUUCAUCACAGUUACAGUGUGCACUGUGAACCUGAGGGCUUCUUCAUUCAGCCUGAGAGUAAAAGAUUUGAAUCAAGUUUUGGACCAAAUUACCAUCCGACAUUUCAAGUGUCCCUGACGACGAGCACAGAGAGAGUGUUUUUGAAGGUCAAGGACCAAGAUGGAAACGUAGUCUGGAAAUAUCGCGUGCCACUGGAAGUUCCAAGACAUGCAUUGUCCCAAAGAAAUGUACCAGCAGAGAGCAGAGUCGCAGCAGAGAGCAGAGACCCAGCAGAGAGCAGAGACCCAGCAGAGAGCAGAGUCCCCAGAAACAAACUCAAAGUGGACGGAGCCCGAGAGGUGGUGGAUGCGGUGCGAAAUAAAGGAGCUGCAGCCAGCAGGGUUCUGAUCAAUGCUCUCCGUGAGCUGGACCCGUAUCUUUACGAAGAGCUCCACUCGAUCUGA